AUGUAAAAUAAUACAGUCUCGAAUUCCCUUUACUAUACAAAGCACACUCAUUUCAAAUAAAACAUUUAUCGUGGAUAUUUUGUUUUUAAAAAUGCUAAUUUUAGCAUUUUAGAAACUAGAAACAAAUUAAGAUAUGAUAGCAAGUAAUCUGAACCUGAAGAGUCAGUCUUCGUUUCAAGUUCAGUCCAAUAGAUGCCAAGUUAGAGAAGAAUAACAUAUGAUAACACAAAUAUCGAGGACUCAUAAAUAUAGCAAGUGGAUAAAAAGGAAAUUAAUAAGAAAUAUAUGACUAAUCUUAGGCUUAUGCAAAAGGAAUAGCAGAUCUUGCCACAAUUGUCAUCGACCUAAUAAGUAGUUAGGAUGAAAAUGCAAAGUCGGCAGUUGAAAGCCAAGCCUGUUAUCAAGAAACAAAAGAGUUUAGAACAUGUAAUCCAAUUACGUUAUUUAAAUAAAUAAUAUGAGGAAUUACAAAAGGGUAUUAUGAUCAAAUGCCUCUUUCUUAAUAUCAAUAAUAGAGAGGAAUAUUUGGAUAAAGUUAUUGUUUUGAAUUUUGAAAAUUUAUUAUUGCAAUCAAAAAGGAACUUUUGGGAUCAUAAAACUGAUUUGAAAAUCUGCCAUUCAUUUUCAAUAGGUAGAGUAAUUGAACAAUGCGAUAGUCCUUAUUGUCCAUGUACGCUAAGAAGUGAUCUCAAAAACACUCUAAGAAUUCUUUCCAAAGCUUAUCUAAUAGUUCUCCUAUUUACAAGUUAGACAUUUGCUUUAAUGUGGUAAAAAUAUUUAUCCGAUAAUGGAUACAACUUUGAUGCAAUCUAUCUAUCGAAAUCUUAAUCUCAAUAAAUAGAAUGUGGAGGUAUUAAACUAAAUAGAUUCCUAAGAGAUUUUAGUAAAUUCAAAAUAGCCAAAAUUCUCAUGUUUGAUUCAAUAGAAAUUUCUAAUACUUUUCCUAAGAUACCCGCUGAUCAAUUUUAAUACCGACUGCCUAUACAUGGAACCGAUGUCGAAACCAUAUUGUUCAUAUUUUAGUAAAUAUAGAACCCAAAACAAUUUGACUCUAAAGUUAUUUUUGAUAUUUGCACAUCCUUCUACAAUGAUUAAAAUGUGAUUAUUAGUAGAAAACCUAUUACAAUUUUAUCAAUAGACCUUACCUAUGCCCAUAAUUAUUUUAUGUAAAAGGAAGAGUCAUAUCAGGAUAAAUUAUAAAUUUUAACUAAACUAUCCACAGUAUAAGAGGAAUUCAAUAAAAAUAUCAUUCAAUUUGAUUCCAGUUUACUCUAAGAACAAGAGGAUUAAGUAUAUAAAUGGGUUGAUACUACUCGUAAUAGAGUUUUAGAUUAAAUUAACUCAAAAUUUUAAGAGAAAAUACCAUUAUUACACUUUACAGUAGGAGAUUUUAUCGUUAGAAAUCAUAAAUUCAAAAAAUUAUACUUUAAUUAUCCUCAAUCACAAUUAAUUCAAAAAGAGUUCUAAUUAAAUAAAAAGAUAAUCAAAAUAGACACAGAAACUGCAGGGUAUCAAAAUAAAUAAAAAAAUUAAUAAUCAAUUAAUUGCUUCCUUUGUAUAGAAUGA